CUGACAAACAAUACCUUGUGCAGCAUCACUGUCUGGUCACUCCUAUCUCUCCUCCAACCAGACACACAGAACCAACCACAGCCUUAGUCCACCUCGAAUCUGACUCUGAAAACAGUUAAUCUAUAGAUUGACCAUCCACCUCAUGCACCAUGUCUUUUUCGUUUAUUGGCAUGAUGCUGCUUCUGGGCUCUUCAGUGGCGAUUGCAUUUGUCCUGCAGCCAUUCAAGGAAGAACCUGCAGCCUCUCCUGUUUCCUAUCACAGGUGCCAGGCUGCGUCAUUGCAGGCCAUCAGGAAGGAUCUCCUCGAGGCUCUCAACUUGCAGGUUGAGCCACAGCUGCCUGCUGGAAGCCUGGACGCUAUCAGGGAGCAAUGGAGGAACACCUUCAGCUCCCUCACUCACAGAGCCAAGGACACUGCAGUUCCAGUGGCCUCUGGAUACUUUGCGUCACCUGAUGUUGCAAACAGUGCCAGCCUGAAGUGCUGCUCCAUAGCCUCUGAGGUCUUCAUGAAAGAUCUGGGAUGGGACAACUGGGUGAUCCAUCCUGCCAGCCUCACUAUCGUUCAGUGUUCACCCUGCAUCCCUGCAGCUAACACACUGCAAUGUCCAUCAUCCCAUACCAAUGUGCAGGGUGCUGACUCACAGGUGCCAUGCUGUCAUCCCACCUCCCAGGAAAUGGUUCCCGUCCUCUACGUGGAUGAGUUCAGCACCCUCGUAAUUUCCUCUGUGCAGCUGACCCGCAGCUGCGGCUGUGGGUCGGGCAAUCUCCAGCAGCCCGGCACAGAGUAAAGUUUGCUUCAUAUUCCUGAGUAUGUGAGCCACCUGUUGCAGCCACAAACACAUCUAAAUACAGAAAAGGUAGAUAAUUCAUUUAUAUGCCAGUGUAUCUUAACUCUCCAUACUUAUCUUAGAUCCUGACUGUGUGUAUUCAACACUGAGCAUGGGAACCAAAGCAAAGUCUCAGUUUUGCAUUCCUGUUUCUCCUUUCUAACCAGAAUGUGCCAGCACAGAUGUGUUCAGUCAGCCAAACAGAAAACUUAUCAAUUAUUAUUUUAAUGGUAAAACUGAUGGUGGUUUAUCUUAACCACACAUUAUUGAUCUCAAAUUAAAAUAUACAAUUUAAUGCAAUUGUGUUUAUUAUUAAACCAAACAACUUAGAUUUUGCAGGACAAUAAAAAUGCAUUUCUAGUGAACACUCUUUUGCAACAAGAGCUGGAUGUGAAAGGCCAGAGUACAUAGUGCUAUUUAAAGCUACUAACUGUUACUAAGUGUUCCCUCCAAAAAUGUGACACUGUGCAGUGCCAAAUCUUUGCACAUGCUAGUUGGCUCCUCUCUCAUCUGUCAAAUGGGCAAGUUAUCAAAUUAUAUAAAUGAAUGUGUGUGUGUGUGUGUGUGUGUGUGUGUGUGUGUGUGAAUGUGGAAAAAAAUCUACAACUCACUAUAAAUUAGAUUGUGUAUGUGCUUGCCAUUUUUUUCAAAACAUUUAUGCAGGGAGAGAAUGUGUUCACUUCCUGAACCUAAAGUUUUUUUCCCUGAGUAUGAACGUCUGUGCUGUGCUUUUCCACAAAAGUCCAUUUUUAUGUUUCAAUUGGUGGAAAAAUAAACUGUAACUUUAAUUUAAAAGAAUUUUUUUGGGGGGAUAAACCAUUACUACAACAAGGUGUAAAAAAAAUAACCAAUAAAUAAAAUCUUACUACUUUCUCUUGACAUGCUUUGUUAUAUUGCAUUUUACACUAAAGGGAUUUAUUUAAAGUCACAUAGACAAUAUAACCCCUAUGAAAUUGUGUCUUAUUGUGAUUAAAAACUUUUACCUAUUUAAACUUUUAAAACUUUUCAGUAUAUUCUUUUUAUUUUUUUUCUGUAAGGACCUGAAUGAAUACAAAACACUUUGUUUAUUUACAUAAUGUGUGCUUUUAUUUGCAUAUGAGUUUGUAUUUUUCUUUUUUCAUAAUUAAAGUUUUUGUUUUGUCAUUAUAGUAUAUGCCAACACUGACGUUACAAAGUUACCUCACCUUUCACUUUUUGAAGUAUUUUUCACUUCAACUAAAUCAAUAUAUUUAGAUUAAAUGCUAAAUAUUUGACACAGUUUUUUUACAAAUGUACUUACUUACUCUAAUCCUUUGUACUGAUUUCCUGAUUUCUUGCUCACAAUUUAUAUGAAUAAAAUGAAUGAAAUCAA